GUUACGUCUCCUCACACCUGCCGCGAAGUUGUGUUGCCAUGGCGAGCGCGAGGGCCCUCGUGGCGGGUUGAAGAAGGCUGCCAUUACCCUAAUUGAAGCUUGAAAGAUGGCAACAACUUGUUCGUCAGAGCGGCAGAAACUGUAAUUUGGGUGCACCAGGUCGUGGAGAUCUGGAGAAAAAAUCUACUUAUAAUACCAACGAGUUUAGCCGUCACUUGAAAGACCCUCAGAAGAUCGGGAUUUACUUAAAAGCUUUUGGCUGAAAAUAUUCUCAUUUGAGAAAGAGAAAAACAAUUUUGGGGGAAUUCAGAAGAUUCCUGGCCGUUCUAUCAGUUAUUGCUGUGUAUCUCGGUGGUAUCUCAGUUCUAGGGUUUUACCUCAGCAGUGGUGUGGACUACAAUCUCCGGGUGCCAAGCGUGCAUGGCGUUCUCGUGUUUCCGUGAUAUUCUAAUCAAGUUGUGGAUAAACAGACUGUUAAUAUGAAAACAACCACAUUAACUUGUGUAUUCAGGUUGUCACUGCAGAUACUGUGUCUACUUCUUCAGUGAGGAUAGAAAGGGUAAUAGUUCGUCAUAAUCCAAGAAUGGCGGGGGGCGAGGAGAACGGUCGACUCACCUCUGGGGGACGAGACAUGAAUAUUCUGGUCCUGGGAAUGGACGGAGUCGGGAAAACAGCUCUGAUAGUUCGUUACAUUACGAAGAGAUACAUUGGGGACUACGACCCGUACUCGGAAGCAAUGUACACCUCUAACUCCGUGAUUGACGGCAAACCAGUAACCUUGCGGGUGAUAGACACAGUCGGUUUGGAGAAGAACAGCAAAAGGUCAGAGCAGAUAACGUGGGCCGAUGGGUUCGUGCUGGUUUUCUCUCUCACCUGCAGGAAAAGUUUUGAAGCCGUGAAAAGAAUCAAAGAACACAUCAAUGAACUUAGGCAAGACACAAAGAUACCCAUGAUACUUGUCGGAAAUAAAGCGGAUUUGUCUCACGCCCGCGCGGUCAACCCGGUAGAAACCCGAGGCCUUGCCACGGACUUGCAGUGCCCGAUGUUUGAAACGUCUGCCAGUGAUAACUACGGCAGUGUUGUGAACGCCUUUCACGCCCUCUAUCGGGAGGUGCGGACAGUACUGAAGCAAAGAGAAAAAGUGAAAAAGGUGAUGCAGAAGCCCGGUAUUUCUAAGAAACUCCAAAUUGCAAACGCUUUGAGGAAUUUACGAGAGUUUCGAAUCAGGACCUAUACUGUUUGACGAGUAUCUAGAUUUUCUUAUGUUGAAUAUAGUGUGGAAAUGUUUGAUAUAAGGCACACUUUCAACGUGGGUUGAAAACUGAGCAGGCCAGGCGGGUUCGAGGUCUAGGCUUCAAACGACUUAACCAGCUUUUAAGAUGACUUUUACCAACAUGACAUACAUGUAUUGGAGGCGAGGGUUCACUUUUGUGAAACAAGUCCACUGGUUCUGAAUGGAAGCGUUUUAGAGGAUACUGGUAGCAUCAGGAAUCAUAAUAUUGGUAUUUAAUUUAUUUGCAUGUAUUCGUUAGUUGAAAGGCAACACAUUUGGUCUAAACGCAUACAUGUGGUCUAUGGCAUACAUGUAGAUGUUAUCCAUAGCAGAAUCGAACUUCUAAGUACUUGAUUCCAUAUUAAAUUUCAAAGCCUAAAUUCUUAUAUGCCCUAUUAGCACAAGAACAGGAAAACGUCCUUCAGCAGAAAGUCAUCCUCUUAAAGAAACGUCAAAACACGUCGGUUUUAUGUUAGUCUUGACGGCUUGACUAAAUGAGUGCUGAACCUUCAAGUAAGAUUUCAAAGAUUUUGUUUCUUGUACAAUUUCAGCAUCACUUCUGGAAAGAGCUCGUGACUGGAAACAAAUACAUGUAUAUUAGAGAGACAAUGGCUGCACUUUUGACGAUUAUGGAGUGCUGAUUGUUUCUAUAUAUAUUUUUUAUAAUUUUGAAAUAUAAUUAUAUUUGUAAUAUUUUCAUCUAUGUAUUUACAUAAAUAUUCAAAUAAAUAUCCUUAGAUUGGUGCUUUAAAUUUUGAAGUUUUGCUUGAGAAAAAUUGUAUAAUGUGAAAACAAUCAGUAGUACUGUGUAAUGUUAUUCUAUAUGCUUAGUUAGAAAUCAGUAUUAAAGAUCAUGUUGGAAAGGUAAUUUCUCAGUGUAACUUCGUAUUGAGUUAACUGCAAAACGUUUGUGAUGUGUUAAAUAAUUGUUAUGGUAUUACGUGAAGCACAGACAAACACGAAUAGAGUUGUAAAUUUGCAUGUGCCUAUAUUUUAAAAUUCUUUUUUCUUUUUUUUUUUUUGCAUUUUAUUUAUUAUUUAUCUACAUUUUUCGGUAAUGAGGGGAGAGUACUUAUAAAGUAAUUUUUAUGUCAUAUCGUCCCAAGUAUAGAUAUAAUUAUCACCAUCUUUGAUAUUUUCUGAUCUGCUAAUUUAUCCGUUAUUAUGUUAAAUAGAUGGUUGCUAUAGUAACCUGUGUACAUUAACUUUCCCAGUACUAGAAUAUACAUGCAAAAAGUUAACGAACCUUGGAGUUGGGCCAUCAAAAAACAGGGCGGCAAAUUUAUCACCUUGAGAGAGUUAUGUCCUCUAU